CUCUGGCAGGAAGCAGGGCAGUUAUUCUUCUGGCUGUCAGGCUCCUCUUCUGACGUGGUGGAGAUGGCAGUGAACUUCGCCUGUGGCUUCACUGCACUUUGCUGUUUGGCACUCUGGAGCUUCACCGGGACUUCAGGUGUUACAAAUGUACCAUCACCCCACUCAACCGUAAGACCUGGCUCCCCUGUCCCAGUGAACACCAACAACCCCGGGGUCCGCAAAGCCGCUCGCUUUGGGGUCUACAGAUUCAACAACAGCUCCAAUGACCUCUUUCUGUUUAAGGAAUCACAGAUAAAUAAAGCCAUGGUACAGAUUGUCAGAGGGCUGAAGUACAUGCUCCACGUGGAAAUCAAACGCACCGUGUGUGAGAAGAGGGAUCACUCCAGCCUGGACAGCUGUCACUUUCAGAGGGAAAAAAACCUGCAACGGAUGCUGAGAUGCUAUUUUGAGGUCUGGAUAACACCUUGGACACACAAAGUACAUAUCCCUGUUGCCCACUGUCACCAAGACCUUAGAGCCUGACUUACACAGGAUCUCCCACCAUGAGUUUUUCCUUGCCUGGACUGCUGAGGUCAAUACUGAAGUGGGGAACAGCUGUACAGAACUGCCAAAGAGCUCUUCUUUCAUAGCACAUGGUUGUUUUUCCCUUGAGAAAGACACUCCAAAGACAAGGCCUGCCUUGACUGAAUGUUUUGCUAUCCAGUUGUGUAUCUGUUUUUCCAAAACUAAACUGCACAUGAACAAG